AUGUGAGGCUGGGGUGGGUCAUUGUGUUAUCCCAACUGGACAGAAACCAGCGAAAACCAUUGCAGGUAGAAGCAGAGGGAGGGGCGGUGCGAGGGUGAGUCAUGGCAAAGUUGGCGGCAGUGCAGCAUCAACGCCACCCGCCUUCUUCACUCUCUCUCCUCCCUUCUUCUUUCUCCGACUUCAAUAGCACCAGACUCCAUGCUUGCAUUCAGUACAAGAGGAAGGUGUGGCAGCCGAAAGGAGCUCUGUGUGUCACCGCAUCGAGCACCAAGAAGAUCCUAAUAAUGGGAGGCACCCGUUUCAUCAGUGAGUUUUUGUCGAGACUACUCGUCAAGGUUGGUCAUCAGGUUACUUUGUUUACCAGAGUAGAAGCACCCAUCAUUCAACAAUUGCCCGGUGAGUCGGACAAAGAUCAUGCUGAUUUUUCUUCUAAGAUUAAAGCUUUUGCAGUUUCAAGGAGGAGUGUGAUGGCCUUGAUCUUAUCAAGUUGUAUCUUCUCACAAAUUGGUUUGGGCGACAUUGCAUUUGCAGAGCCGUCUGUCGGGUUAAGAGAGUACAUCGAUACCUUUGAUGGUUACUCUUUCAAGUAUCCUCAGAAUUGGCUUCAAGUCCGAGGUGCUGGGGCUGACAUAUUCUUCAGAGACCCUUAUGUUCUAGAUGAAAAUCUCUCAGUGGAGUUUUCAUCUCCUUCAUCAUCCAGGUACAAGAGUGUUGAAGACUUGGGUCCGCCAGAAGAAGCUGGAAAGAAAGUACUCAAGCAGUACUUGACAGAAUUCAUGUCAACCAGACUCGGAGUCAGGCGCGAGUCCAAUAUCAUUUCCACUUCUUCGAGAAUCGCAGAUGACGGUAAAAUGUACUAUCAAGUAGAGGUGAACAUAAAGUCGUAUGCCAACAAUAAUGAACUGGCAGUUAUGCCCCAAGAUCGAGUGGUUCGUUUGGAAUGGGAUCGAAGGUACCUUUCAGUUCUUGGAGUUGAAAACAAUAGGCUGUAUGAGUUGAGACUACAAACUCCAGAAAACGUCUUUUUGGAAGAAGAGAAUGAUCUUCGCCAGGUCAUGGACUCUUUUAGAGUAAACACGGUGGCCAGCUAAUUUAACUUCGUUGAAUCUUUUGUGGAAAUGUAACAUCCAGGUUUUUCUAUGGCUUGAGGCUCUGUUUUUUUCUUUCCGCAAAACAAUUUUGCAUCUGCUGCCACAGUUUGAGUCCUGGAUUUCUCCAUUCAACCUGCAGUCGUAUUGCAAAAUUUUACACUGAA